CCGGCCUCAAGGGCGUCCACCCUUCCCAAUAAGCAACGAUCCCAAUGAACACCACACCCUACUAGUCUGCUGCUCGAAUUCUGAAUCACAACUCUGCUUAUUCCUUCCGGUAGUUAUACUGCCAGCGUAUGUACCUGCCGCUGCUCCGAUCCAAGCUAGGAGCCCCAACUAAUAUUCCAUCGAGUCCUGCGAGUGCAAACAACGGGAGCAGAUGGACACGCUCCCAUCAUAAGAGGGCGGCUCGGCUGAGGGGGGCCAACGCGCGCUCCACGGCCUCCUCCCUCCUUUUCCCCGUAGGCUCGUAGCGUAGCGUGUGUUAAUGAUAGCCUAGUCAGCCGCAGCGCUCCAGCAGCUCUCGCCUCGCCUCGCGAUCAACCAUGGGAAGAAGGCCGCCGGUGGCGCCGGUCCUGGCGCUGGCGAUCGUGGCGGCCCUCGCGUCGGCGGCCGCCGCGGCCCGGGGGGACGUCAAGUGCGGCGGGUGCGCGCCGUGCGUCGGCGCCGACUGCCCCGUGCUGUACCCGUCGCCGCCCCCGCCCCCGCCGUACUACUACUACAGCCCGCCGCCGCCGGCGGUCUACCCCUACCCGGGGUCGGGCUGCCCGCCGCCGCCGGGCGCGUACAUGCAGAUCGGGAGCACGCCGCCGGGGAAGGGCCCGCUGUACCCGCAGGACCCCGGGUUCAUGCCGUCCGCCGGGCCCGGCCGCGCCGCGCCGCUCGCGGCCGGCGUGCUUGCCGCCCUGGCGGGCGCGUGGGCUGCCUUCUUGUGAUCCGCAACCGCAGUGCCACUCGACACAGCGGGCUCCUCCGGUAAGUAGGGCGACGCGCGGUGGCGAUCCUGCCGGCGUUCCAGUUAAGGGCUUCCCAGUGUAUUUACGCAUGCUCCUUUUCGAUAAUAAUUUGUACUUGCCAUCCUAUACAUGGGCUGUAGUUGUUGCAAAUGUAUGAAGGUUUUCUUUUCUUUAGUUUUUUUUUUAAAUCUGAUGAUUUUAGAACAAUCACUUGUAAGAAACGGAACGCAAAGCUACGCAGACGAGGUCAUUCUUGAAUUCAGUUUCUUUUCUCAUGGUCAA